AUGCGCUGCCGCACCUGCUGCCGGAGCCGCGGCUUCAGCUGCCCCACGCACGUCAAGAGCACAUGGGUCCCCGCCGCCAAGCGCCGGGAGCGCCAGCAGCAGCUCGCCGCGCUCUUCCGCGGCGCCGCCAACAGCAACAGCGCCAGCGCCGCCGCUGCCGCUGCGGCCGCGAGCAGGCGCCCGCGCGAGCUCGUCCGCUCCCUUGGCCGCUUGCCGUCCGCCAACUCCGCCAUGGUCACCACGACAACCUCCUCAGGCGACGGCGGCGGCGGGAGGUUCCCGCCGGAGCUGAGCGUGGAGGCGGUGUUCCGCUGCGUGCGGAUCGGGCCGGUGGACGAGCCAGACGCGGAGCUUGCGUACCAGACGGCGGUGAGCAUCGGCGGGCACACUUUCAAGGGGAUCCUGCGUGACCACGGGCCGGCGGACGACGCGGCGGUGGGGCACCUGCCGCCGUCCUCGGCGGAGUACCACCAGCUGACGGCGGGGCAAGCGAGGGAAGGGUCGUCGCCGGCGGGGAGCAGCGAGGCGGCGGCGACGGUGGCGACGUCAGCGGCGGUGCUGAUGGACCCGUACCCGACGCCGAUCGGCGCCUUCGCCGCAGGCACCCAGUUCUUCCCUCAUAACCCUAGAACCUAG